AUGGACAAUUGGGAAAAUCAUGUAUCUGCUGGUGUGUGGCUGUAUAUUCAAUACAGUGAGGAUUUAAUUUACUUUAAGAAACAGACUCGAUAUCUUGGUGCUUUCUUCUUGACCUAUCUUUUGGCAAGCUCGACAAAAAUACGGUGGGAAGAUAUAUUUGGAAUAUUUAAGGAGCAGGACGUGCCAAAGUUCUUUCAGUCUUGCUUCAACGGCAGGCUAUUCACUGGUCUUGGGUCAAUGAUUGUGCUACUUGCUGAAGUUAUUCUUGUGAUACGUGUAUAUGCACUAUUCGGGAGGUCCAAACAAGCAUUUGUUGCCUCAGUCAUAUUAUUGACGGCUCUGUUGGCUUUCAAUAUUCUGCAGCUCACACCUGUGUUAGAUAGCUGGGAAACAGGUUCACCAACAAGUGGCUACAAUGGUGUAACAUUAAGUGAUCCUUCAUCAUGCAUUUCAGCACUUCCUAUGUCUGGAAUUGCAUGGGCCGUUACCUCGACUGUGGAGCUCCUCUUAUUCCUUUUGGUGAUAUGGAAGGCCUUUCAACAUAGAAAAAUGAUAGCAUCCGUGUGCAACUUGACUAGUAGCCAGCAACCGAAUCAGGAUAUUGCUGCAAUAUUAGCAAAAGACUCCAUCUUUUACUUUGCAAUAAUAUUCUCAAUAUGUCUACUUGGUACAAUCCUUGUAUUUGUCUUGGAGUAUAGCAAGCUAUUCAUUGAUUUCACAAAAAUGCUAUGUCACAUUGAAUGA